ACCCCCUGAAAGAUCAGUGUUGAAAGAAAGGAAAUUUGAGCCUAACUAUUGAUGCUGUUCAGAGUGGUGCUGAGGAAAAAAAUAAACACAAAAGAACAGGAAAAGAAUAAGACAAAGUGAGCCUGCUUUUCAAGACACUGGUCCUGCUUCAACAGUGAUCCUGCUUUUCAAGACACUGGUCCUGCUUCAACAGUGAUCCUGCUUUUCAAGACACUGGUCCUGCUUCAACAGUGAGCCUGCUUUUCAAGACACUGGUCCUGCUUCAACAGUGAGCCUGCUUUUCAAGACACUGGUCCUGCUUCAACAGUGAUCCUGCUUUUCAAGACACUGGUCCUGCUUCAACAGUGAGCCUGCGUCAAGUAAAGCUUAGCAGUGUUUAGCAGUCUUCAACUUGACCACAACGCUGAAGUGAGAGCAGAACAUGGACGUGGUUGUGCGCCAUAACCACAGAGGACACCAGGAGUUUGCUGUCCAGACCGAGCACUUGAAACUGCCGUACCUAGGACAGAGACUGAAAGCUCAGGGCAUUCACAACAAGUACCUCUUCAAAGACAACAUCCCAGAAUACCCAAGGCCAGAGUUCUGGGUUUCCCAGCUCAGACACGACACGAAUGAAGGCGGGUUAUUUGGCAUAGCCGUCGAAAGCGAAGGGGGGUUCUGUGCUAGGGACCGAGAAGAGGGGCCAGAGGACCCAGAAGAGGGGCCAGAGGGUUUGGACCUGCUGUGGUGGAGCUUGUCUUUGGGAGCAGAGGAGAUGGCCUCGGCUGAACAACGUCUGCUCCAGACCAGGUACCCUGACAGGACAGAGGAGCAGGCCAGGGAGCAGAAAUCCUUCCUGCAGAGGUUCGCCACCUCACCUGCCUUCCUGGACACCUCUCGGCUGGGCUCCUACCGCUUCACCUUCCCCCUGGAGGAGCUGCUUAAGAGAUACCGGGAACAGCUAUGCGUUGGACACGAGCCAAUCCUGCGUGUGUAUGAGACAGUCCUGUACAAACAGGAGGUGAUGUACUCAGUGCUAGUCCACAGUCACUUCAACAACGACCUCUUUGAGAAGUACCCUCUCCUCCAGGACAAUGACGAUGGAGUCUGCGCUUACAGAGAUGGACAAAUCAUUUGGAGACCCGAGGCCAUGUGUGAGACACACAGCUUCAAACUGGUGCCAAAGCCCUACCAGAACCAGCAUGUAGCCCACCUGAUCCCUGAUCCACAGAAACACCAGUUCUACGUUUGGGACAACAUUGCUGUAGCGUUCCACAUGGACGGUUCACAGAUGUUGAACUUCGAUACGUACAAUUUGAGAGGCCAUCUGAGAUUCUGUGAGCCAGGAACGCCACCAAUUUCCCCCACCUGUGAGUUCACCACAUACGAGGAGGCCAAAGACAGGGUAGACUGCUAUUGGCCUUACUACCAUACCCCCCUGUUCUGAUAAACUUACUACUACACCCCCCUGUUCUGAUAAACUUACUACCACACCCCCCUGUUCUGAUAAACUUACUACCACACCCCCCUGUUCUGAUAAACUUACUACCACACCCCUGUUCUAAUAAACUUACCACCA